AUGGUGUGGAUGCAAGCGGCGCGAAGGGGUCGAUUUGGACCGACGGGCCCCUUGAAGCACGACGAUGGCGAGGUUGCCCAUGUGGAAGACGUGGACCGGACCCAGAACGACGAUGAAACGAAGCCUUCGCCCUCGAGCACCAUCGGCAGACAAUUCCCCUUCGUCCCGGAGUCGUUAUCAGACGACGCCCUCCCCUUCAUCCCCAAGGAACUGGUCCUCGAACGCCGCCACGGCAAGCGCUCCAAAUCCGAAGACCACCCGCAGAGAAAGGUUGACGGCGGAGAGGAGCGCAAGCAGCCGCAACAGCAAGACCACGAACACGAACACUGGAUCGUCAUUGACGACAUCGUCUUCGACUGCAGCGACUUCAUCUCCGAACACCCCGGCGGUCAGCAGGUCAUUCUCAGCUUCGUAGGCGAGGACUGCUCCUGGCAGUUCUGGCGGUUGCACGGCAAGAAUGUCAUGGAGCAGUAUGGCCGCGCCCUCCGGAUCGGGAGGACCGAGGGCAUCCAGAACAGGUUUGUCGAGCCUGUCAGAUACGUCGGCCUGUCGAACCUCGGUGACGAUGGGUGGUAA